AUGGCCGACGAGCAGAAGGUUACCCCUGUGGCCGCCAAUGCUGAGGCCGAGAAGGAUGUUCAGAACGUUUUGGCUGAGCUGAAGGGCGAAACUGCCGGGGAAGCUGCCAAGCCUUCCGAGCAGGCCGCAGAAGAGAAGAAGGGGGAAGCUCCCACAGAUGAUGCAGAGGAGGCUCGCAUUGUAGCUGCCGCUGCGAAGCUCGGCGAACAGUCGGCGAAAGCUGAGGAGCAGAAGGAGGGCAAGACCGAGGAGCGCGAUACACGGGGCCGUGGAAACCGUCGCAACAACGUAAAGUUUGAUCCCUCCACGCUGGAGGUCACAGACAACCACGAUGAGAUCCGCAAGCAGGUCGAAUUCUACUUCUCUGACUCGAACCUUCCCAUGGACAAGUUCCUUCUUUCCAAGGUGGGAGGAAGCAGCAACCGCCCCGUUCCCCUUGAACUCCUUCAUUCUUUCAAGCGCAUGCGUCGUUUCCAGCCCUUCAGCGCGAUUGUUGAGGCUCUGAAGUCCUCCCAGACUCUCGAGCUGACUGAUAACGAUACUUGCGUGCGCCGCAAGGUGCCUCUUCCUGAAUCGGUGACCGAGAGCCCCGACCCCAGCGUGGCCAAGGUUUUCGAAGACCAGGCCAUGAGCCGUAGCAUCUACGCCAAGGGCUUCGGAGAGGAAACUCCUACCACCCAGAUUGACAUUGAGGCCUUCUUCGCCCCUUACGGACCAGUCAACGCAAUUCGUCUCCGCCGCACACACGAUCGCAUCUUCAAGGGAAGCGUUUUUGUUGAGUUCGCGACUGAGGAGAAGCAGAAGGAAUUCCUUGCUCUGGAUCCUAAGCCCCAGUGGAAGGGACAAGAUUUGCUCAUCAAGAGCAAGAAAGAUUACUGUGAGGAGAAGGUUCGGGACAUCGAAGCCGGCCGCGUCAAGCCCAGCCGUGGUCGUGGUGGUUUCCGUGGACGCGGCCGUGGCGGCCCCCGCGGUGGUGACAAGCGUGACAAGCGUGACUGGCGCGAGCGCCGGGCAGAAGAUCAGAAGAACGGCUUUGGCAAGGCUCAGGGCGAGCAGCGCCGUGAGGUCCAGAAGGAUGCUCGUGGCGUUCCCGUCGUGCAGAGCACCGCCGACGAUGCUACAUCUGGCCAGAAGCGGACCCGCGAGGACGAGCCCGCUGCCAACGGCGAGCAUCCUGCCAAGAAGGUCGAUGCCAAGGAGUAA